AGCUGCACGGGGCACGAGGCCCAAACUCCGCCGCUUCUACGCUCGCGGAAACAGUUCACCUCCAGGGUCCGUGCGGCCAGUCAGUGUUUACAAGCGGAGCUUCAGAAGAUGGCUACUCGGCUCCUCGCACGGAGAAUUUGGAGCGUCACUGUGAAAGAUUUCCGCCGCCUGCCUGUCACAGUCUCAGCCUCUUCAUCGUACUCUUCCUCGCUAACCCACUCCCCCAGACCACAGCCUCUCCUGGCCCGCUCUCACUCGCUCCCUCUGAUCUCAUAUAGAGCCGUCUCCUUCAAUGUCCAGGACCAAGACGACUUCACAGAGAGGGUCAUCAACAGCGACCUGCCUGUGGUCAUAGACUUCCACGCCCAAUGGUGUGGACCCUGUAAGAUCCUGGGGCCGAGGCUGGAGAAGGCCAUUGCCAAGCAGAAGGGCCGGGUUACCAUGGCCAAAGUGGACAUUGAUGAACACACAGACCUUGCUAUUGAAUAUGGGGUCUCUGCGGUUCCCACUGUGAUUGCCAUGCGCGGCGGUGAUGUCAUCGACCAGUUUGUAGGAAUCAAAGAUGAAGACCAGCUGGAUUCAUUUGUUAAGAAGCUGAUUGGACAAUAGAUGUGUCGGUCACAGCUCCUGGGCCCAAACCCCUCCCCACUCUACAUUCAGUUUACAGCUCUGGCUAGUCCUGAUCAUCAACUUUUUUAUGACUAUAACUAUUAUUAUUAUUUCAUUUUAUAUUUCACAGCAGAUCUCUGUAGGUUCCUGUCGUCAACACACACACACACACACACGCACACACACACACACACGUCUUAGCUGCACACAUGCUUUGUGUUGUCUCGUUCUCUCUAUAUUCAUUAUAUGUGUGUGUGUAUGUGUGUGUGCACUUUAUUCAUUUGCUAAUUCUAAUGAUUCACUUCACACAUCACAGAUUCUUGCUGCUGAAUUUGAUUAGGGCCAGUUUUUCAGACCCAGAUUAAGCCUAGUCUAGACAGAAGAAUUUCCAGUAAAGAUAUGCAGAUUACACUGCAGUCUAAACUAGGUUUAAUCCUAAUGUCCAGGAAACCAGCACUAUGACCUACACCCUCUGCCCCACCAACCAAUAAGUAAACCAGCUCUUUGACCUUUACUCCCAAUAAGUACAGGAGCCUGAGGAGAGGUUUUUGUUUAAUAAACUGUAUUAGGGAUUACAGUGCUGUCGCUGUAGCUCUAUAUAUUUUACUGUGUAGAAAUCAGUUGAAGGGAAGAGACUGAAUGAAUUGUUAUGGCUUGAGUAGCACGGCUGGUUGAAUUUUGCCCUCUGCUGCAGUUCCUCCUCUUGUACACAUGAGGGCGGCCUUUUCUUUUGCAUCCGAAGGCCACAGUCAUCGUACACCGCUAUGCCUAAUGCUGAGAGAGAAUGUGGUCCAGGUUCGAUCACACAUCUCUGAGAGAGGGAACUGAUUCUUUCUGCUCUCCCUCUGAGAAGAGUGAUAAAUCAGGGCCUCUCUCUGUGUGUGUGCAUGUGUCUCUAAGUGAAAGAAUGUGUGUAUGUUUGUUUGUGUGUCCCGAGUUUGCUUCUGUCACAAUUUUGAUGAAUUGUUGAGAGGUUGGAAUUGUGUUGGGAAGCAUAAGCAUGGUUCUGGGUUUGACUUUAGAAUUGAUUACGUUUGUAUGGUGUGUAAAAUGACCAAAAAAGGUUAUAAUAAAUUAAAAGUAAAGUUGGUAAUAAAGGAGGUGUACGGUGAUCUACUUUA